AUGCGUUUGAGCGCACUGAUUGCCCUUUGGUCGUCCCUAAGUCUGGCCGAUGGCUGGUGGUGCACCACGCUGAGCCGUACCAAUGGACUCUGCGUUCCGUUGGCCGGCUGCUCACGGUGGAAGCAAAUCUCGGACAAAAACUACAUCAGUCGGGAGGAAACGAAUCUACUGCGGAGUGCAUCCCGUGCCUGCUCGACCGCUGGCCAUUUCUGCUGCGCGCUAACAGAUCUUCUGCAGACGACGCCAAAUAAGCAGAGCUCAGUUCAAUUAACAACGACCACCAUCAGAUCCACCACGAGACCGGAAGCAGAAACCUUCGCUCCAGUGGCCGUCGAUCGGACGGUACCGCACGGAGAGUGUUUUCAGGAUUGGCUACCAGAAGACGCUAGGCACGGUGGACGAUACGCAGAGAACGCUGCCUUCGGGGUGUUCGUGGCCGGAACCACCGCCCAAGGUAAACGGGGCCGGUGCGUCGGAAGCCUCAUCACUCCCGAGUACGUCCUCACGGCGGCUCACUGUGCGAAGGAGCUUGAGAACCUUGUACUGUACGUGAACGCACACAAUCUAUCGGACGACGGACAGCAGUUUCGGGGAAACGUGCGGCCAUCGUUCGUGGAGGAGACCAUCAUCCACGAGAACUACACGAAGACUAGCGCGGGGUAUGACAUCGCGUUGCUCCGGUUGAACGGCAGCAUUCCGAUGGGCGCACCGGACUCACCGUGGCCGAUUUGUAUCCCACUGGCACAGGAAGAGGUUGCCUCCGUCGGGCACACGUUGCGCUCCUUCGGGUGGGGCCUGAAUGCGGAAGGUCAGCCCAGUGACACCAAGCAGUGGGUAACGGUGGAGCGAAUUUCGCUGAAGCAGUGCCGGGACAUCCUUACAGGGACCAGCCUUGCCGGCCCGCAGCUCGACGAGCGGAGCAUCUGCACGGUCAGCAUCACCGGGCACGACGUGUUCGCGGGUUACUCCGGCGGGCCGCUGAUGUACCGCAAGCGGGGCGUCUGGUUCGUGGUGGGACUGGUCAGCUUCGGCGUCGGACGGACCAACAACCUGUACCCGGUCGUUUCGACCAACGUCCAGCAGUACGGCGAGUGGAUACUGGACAAGAUACGAUCUAGGAGCGGUCCCGGUAGAGUGGCCGCCAGUGGGCAGUGGUGGAAAUAA